UUGUAAAUCUUUCCCUAAAGUUUCAAACAGAUUGAGUGGAACAGAAUGGCAAUUGCACUAUUUAUGAUAUUUCUUCUAGCUCUCCCCUUCUUCCUCUUCAUAAUCCUGCUAAAACAUAGCAUUAACAACAAUGGCAAUUUUAAUCAUCUUCCCCCAGGCCCUCCAGGUCUUCCCUUCAUUGGUCACUUACAUAUGCUGAUGCUUGAUAACUCACUCCUCCCUCAUAUUUUCCUUUGGAAACUCUCUCAAAACUAUGGUCCUCUUAUGUCCUUGCGAUUUGGAUUUAAGCCAACCCUUGUUGUUUCUUCAGCAAAAAUGGCUGAAGCGGUUUUGAAACCCCAUGACCUCGACUUUUGCAGCAGGCCUAGACUACGUGGUGCUACGAGAUUAUCUUACAACGCCUUGGAUUUGGCUUUUUCACCAUACACGGACUAUUUGAAGGAGAUGAGGAAACUUUGUGUUGUACAUCUCUUUAGCAGGGUGCAAAAGUAUCGUCCCAUCCGAGAAGACGAAGUAGGUCGCCUGGUCGAAAAAAUAUUUCAAUUAUCGGUUGAUUCUCAGCCUGUCAACUUGAGUGAGGCAAUGAUGUGCCUUUCACGUUCAAUAAUUUGCAGAAUAGGAUUCGGAAAGAGAUACGAUGAUGGAGCUGAAAGAAGCAGGGUCAAUGAGGUGCACAAAGAAAGUGAAGCCAUGUUGUCAUCCUUUAGUUUCUCUGAUUAUUUUCCUUUCAUGGGUUGGGUAGAUAGAUUCACUGGGUUUCUCACUCGUCUUGAAAAGGCUUUCAAAGAACUUGAUACCUUCUACCAACAACUCAUUGAUGAACAUCUCGAUCCGAAUAGGCUAGUACCACAGGAAGAAGACCUACUUGACGUGUUACUACGAAUAAGGAUGGAUCGUAAUUUUCCAUUUGAUCUUACCAUAGAUCAUAUAAAAGCUAUUCUUAUGAACGUGUUUAUUGCUGGAACUAACACAACCGCAGCCACUGUGAUUUGGGUCAUGAGUGCCCUGAUGAAAAACCCAAAAUGUUUGAAGAAAGCUCAAGCGGAAGUAAGGGAUUUGGUUGGAAAAAAGGGAUUUAUAAAUGAAGAUGACGUUCAGGCUUUAACUUACCUAAAAGCUGUUGUAAAAGAAACAUUUAGACUGCAUCCAACAGCUCCAAUGUUAUUGCCACGAGAAACACUCAGAAACUGCAACAUAGGUGGGUAUCAAAUACCUGCUAAAACCUUAGUGUAUGUGAAUGCAUGGGCAAUAGGAAGAGAUCCCAAAGUUUGGAAAAACCCAGAAGAGUUUUGCCCUGAAAGGUUCCUUGGCAACUCCAUUGACUACAAAGGACUGAACUUUGAGUUCUUACCGUUUGGUGCGGGUAGAAGGGUUUGCCCAGGAAUGCGUAUAGGAGUUGCAGAAGUAGAGCUUGCCCUUGCUAAUCUUCUUUACAAGUUUGAUUGGGAAAUGCCAACUGGGAUGAAUAAAGAAGAUUUGGACUUUGAUGCCGUACCUGGUCUUGCUGUGCUAAAAAAAAAUGAUCUUAUCCUUAUGGCUAGGAAGAUUUAUGAUUAAUCGAUGUAUCUUUAUAGUGACUUAUUUGCUGCUUAAUUGCUCUACCUCGCACCUUGUACUGUUUCAACCAUAUCUUAAAACGCUUAUCAAAGGUCUUAGUAACACCAUGCAAGUUUAAUGAACCCGCUAUGUUUGAAUUCAGAUUUCAGUUAGUGGAGUCACUUGUAAAUGAGGGUACACAAUUGCAUUCCCUCUCUUUGUCAAGCUUCCAUCUCAUUUGAAUACAUGAAGAAUGGAAGGAAAGUGUGAAAAUUAGAAAAAAAAUUGAUGAAGUUUGGUAAGUA